UCCUCUCUCUUCUUCUUCUUCUUCCCUUGCAUACCAAAAUUACCAAAUUCUUCAUCUUCCUUCCUAAUUUCUUCAUCUGCUUCGUUCAAAUUCUUUAUCUCCCUUCCUAAUUUCUUCAUCUCCUUCGUUUCUCUCCCUCAAGGGACGCCCAAUGCAAAAACCCCCAAUUUAUGUGAAGAUGAGGUCGUACGCCUGCCCGGCUGCCUGAGAUCGACAACUCUCGCUGGCAGCACGGGACGACAACGUGACUGAGAUAGGCGGACAACUCAUAAUUGGUGGAAAAAGGCCAGAGCGAGGAUGAGGCCCGUGUCGGAGAUCGGCAGACGACUAACAACGGCUGAUAAAGGAUCGUCGGCAAAGAGCAUUGCGGCUGCGGAGCGGCACUAUACGUUGGAGCCCUGUGGCUGUAGAGUCGGUGAAGGGUGCUCCCUCGAAUGCGAAUAAACGAAGACGGGCUUGGUCGGAAUCGGACGAAGAAGAUGAGGUGGCGGGGAGGCAGCCCGAGCCCGAUCCAGAGCAAGAGGCCCAGCCCGAGCCCAGCCAUGGUGCUGAUAUGCAGGAGAGUGAUGGAGGUGGCGCGCCUGAUGAUGAAGAAUGAAAAUGGCAGCUCUAAGGACUUUGUUCACAAACCAUUGGUGGGUUGCUAAGGUGCUCAGAGCUCGCUUAUGCUUUUAGCGUACUGGUUGGCGGUGUCGAGCUGUGUCGGGAUAUAUUUGGAGUGGCGGUGGUAUGAUAUUGUGACGGUGCUGGGGUAUUUGCCUAAAGCUGGUGAUGGAAGCCACCGGGAUUGUGAUACACCCAACAAGCCUAAUGUAUAUUAUGCUAAUGACCCUGACAAACUGUAUAUCCGCCCGAGAUGUCUGGACGGACUGAACGUGUCAUGGCUUUCGGACGUGGGCCGGCGGCUUGUGUCUGCACGAGGAUUCUAUUCGCCGGACACGACAGACACAUUUUCUAGCAUAUUGAAGGACAUGGCAUCUGAACGCGUGCUGAGAACGGCUAAAAUUUUCUUGUCACGAUGGAAGCUUGCAGGCCGGAGAAGCAAGUGCUGGAGUGGAACUGAUACUGAAAUAGAAGCUAAUCUUAAGGCAAUUAGGUGGGCUUUAAAUCUUGCUGUGGACAAAGGAUGGCUUGAAGUGCACUGCUCCUUAUUGUUUGAAAAUCUGGCUGCUGCUUUGAAUCAGGAAUACCGUGUAGUUGCCACCGUAGAGGACAUAGGGGCCUUGGAUAGGAGCUUGGGGCCUGAGAAGAGGAUGAUGUGGAAAGCGGCGAUUCGCCGCGGCGGCGGCGGCGGCGGCGGCGGCGGCGGCGGCGGCGUAUUAUUGUUUGGAGGUUCGGAGAGUGAAGUCAGCUGCUAUUCGAGCAAAGAGCCUUCUUUAAGUGUGAUUUGA